AUGGAGCAUAUCAAGCAGUCAUUUGCUAGAGCGAAGCAUGAGAACCGCGCUGCUCUGGGAGCGUAUGUUACUGCUGGGUAUCCUACAGUGGAGGAGACGCCAGAUAUUCUACUCAGUCUUGAGAGCGGCGGUGCAGAUAUGAUCGAGCUUGGCAUGCCGUUCUCCGACCCUAUUGCGGACGGCCCUGUUAUCCAAGAGGCCAAUGUGAUCGCUCUCACCAAUGGUGUCACUGUGUCGGAGGUGUUGGACAUGGUGCGAGAAGCAAGACGUCGAGGAUUACGGAUACCAGUCCUGCUUAUGGGGUACUAUAAUCCAGUCCUUCAAUACGGCGAGGAGAAGCUGUUGCACGACUGCAAGCAGGCAGGUGUCCGUGGGUUCGUCUUGGUUGACCUCCCCAUUGAGGAAGCCGUUCGUUUCAGAAGACUAUGUGUCAGCAAUGGGCUUUCUUACAUCCCCCUCAUUGCUCCAUCUACGCCCAUCCCUCGUAUGAAAGCCCUGUGCAGCAUAGCCGAUUCGUUCAUCUACGCUGUUUCCAGACUGGGUGUGACAGGUGCCUCCCAAUCACUGAGCGUCAAUCUUCCUGAGUUUCUUAGCCGUAUUCACAGGCAUGCCCGCGAUACACCAGUUGCUCUCGGUUUUGGCAUCAGUACACGAGAACACUUCCUAUCCGUGCAAGCCUUAACUGAAGGCUGUAUCAUUGGCAGUCAGAUUAUACAUACUAUCGGCGCUGCGCCACCCGGCCAAGCCGCCCGAUGCGUGGAGAAGCAUCUAUCUGGCAUCACCGGGCGCAAGCUCAAACGGGAUGAGAAUGGUGCGAUUUUACGUGAUGACACUGAGUUAGAAUCUCCCGUACCUGCUGCAAUGCCCCAGGUAAUAACUUCAGAGGAUGAGCGUUUGGAUACUACGGAUCUCACGAAUUGGCAGGGACCCGUUGCUUCCACGCGUUUUGGUGAAUUUGGUGGCCAAUACGUGUCAGAAUCAUUGAUGGGCUGUUUAUCUGCAUUAGACCGAGAAUUUGAAGCGGCACGACAAGACCAGGUCUUCUGGGAAGAAUAUCGUUCCUACUACCCUUAUAUGGGCCGGCCGAGCGGGUUAUACUUUGCUGCACGUCUUACUGAAAUGAUUGGCGGGGCAAAUAUCUGGAUCAAACGGGAAGAUCUCAAUCACACUGGGAGCCACAAGAUUAACAAUGCCCUGGGCCAAAUCCUCCUAGCUCGACGAUUAGGAAAGAGACGAAUCAUUUCCGAAACGGGCGCCGGGCAGCAUGGCGUGGCCACUGCUACAGUUUGCGCUAAGUUCGGAAUGGAAUGUGUUGUCUACAUGGGCGCGGAAGAUGUUCGUCGUCAAGCACUGAAUGUGUUCCGGAUGAAGCUUCUCGGAGCUAAAGUAGUAUCGGUCACGUCCGGUAGUCGAACGCUGCGUGAUGCUGUGAAUGAAGCGUUGCGUGCAUGGGUGAAAGAUGUCGAAACCACCCAUUACAUUCUCGGUUCGGUUGUUGGCCCUCACCCUUUUCCUACGAUUGUGCGCACCUUCCAGUCCAUCAUUGGGCAAGAAACAAAAGAACAGAUGCAACAUGCUAUUGGAAAGCUUCCUGACGCUAUUGUAGCCUGUGUCGGAGGAGGGAGCAAUGCAUCAGGGAUGUUUCAUCCUUUCCUAGACGAACCAAGUGUCCAGAUGUUGGGCGUGGAAGCCGGUGGUGAUGGCCUCAAUACAUCUCGCCAUUCAGCGACCCUCUCCGGUGGCAGUAAAGGUGUCCUUCACGGAGUAUAUACCUAUCUACUACAAGAUGAAUACGGGCAGAUUUCGGAGACGCACUCUGUCUCUGCUGGUAUGGACUACCCAGCUGUGGGGCCUGAACUCAGCUUCUGGAAGGAAAUUGGGAGGGCCCGAUUCAUUGCUGCGACCGAUGCCCAAGCCCUGGCCGGGUUCCGCGCUCUUGCAGAGUAUGAAGGUAUUAUUCCCGCACUUGAGUCAUCCCACGCCGUACAUGGUGCCAUUGAACUCGCCAAGACAAUGAAGAAAGGCGCACAGAAUAUUGUCCUCAAUCUUAGCGGACGAGGUGACAAGGAUGUCAACACUGUUGCUGAGAUUCUACCUCAUCUGGGACCUGAGAUCGGAUGGGAUUUGCGGAUUUAA